AUCUCUGUUGUGUAUUUUCCAUUCUAACCGAAAUAGGUCAAGUUGAAUCAAACCUUUUGUAGCUUAUUUCAUUAUUAUCAUCGAUAAAUAUAAAUUAAAACAUUAUAUAAUGCUAUUUAAAGGUAACGUAAUGUAGACAAACAAAAUUGACUUUUCCAUAAUACUUUCGUAAACUACAAAAUGGAAGAAGAAUUGAGAUGUUACGUGUGUAAAGAGUUCUACAGAGAGCCUGUUUUGUUACCUUGCGGCCAUGCACUAUGUCGGCUUUGUGCAGUUAAUUUACAAACUCAUGUUCCUGAGGCAGAUAAUGCAUCGGCGUCAGCAUCUGACUAUCAAGAAGCAGACAAAGCCUCAGUCUCUAGCGAAACUGAUAGUGGUGUAGUUUGUGGUUCUAGGCCCAACAGCUAUGCUGGGACACCAGCUGCACCGAUUUACCCAUCCACAGCAUUUAGCCUAUCAUGCCCCAUAUGUAACAAGCAAGUUUACAUGGAUGAUAAUGGUGCUGAAGGUUUGCCACCAUUCCGUGUUAUGCGAACUAUUGUUGAAAGAUUUGGUGGGGUUAACAUUGCACCACCUGCUGAAGAAGCAUGUCAGAUGUGUGAAGGAGAAAAACGGGCUGCUGUAGUGCGAUGUGAGCAAUGUUCUGUGAGGUACUGUGCUAAUUGUAGAGAUGCUUGGCAUCCUAUUCGAGGACCACUCGCCCAACAUGAGUUACGAGCAUUGGGAACAACUUGUGGAGAUCAUGGAGCUUCUCCUGUACUAUAUUGUAAUACAUGUCUUAUACCAAUUUGCCAACGGUGCCUUGCUGAAAAACAUUCUCAACAUGAAACACAGCCUCUAUCGAAUGCAGCUAGAGCUCACAAGACUGAUCUUUCCCAAUCUUUGACACAAUUGUCUGAAGAAGCCAAGGCUGUUACAGAGUAUAUUCAGUUAGUUAAGGGAUCUGGGGACAAAGUUAAUGAAUCCUGUGACGAAUUAGAAAGGCAAAUUGAUCAAGCAUGUGCAGAAAUAACUCGUGCUGUUGAAAGACGGCGAGAUGAAUUAGUACGGGCAGCAAGAAAUACAAGAUCACAGGCGGCCACAAACAUGCGUACCCUGACAGCUCAUGCUGCACAAAAACUGAGAGAAGCAACUGCUCUGUUACACUUCUCAAUUGAAGCACUUAAGGAAACUGAUCAUGCUGCCUUUCUUCAGGUUGGUAACAUCUUAGCCGCACGUGCACAGGAUACAGCGAGUGGCCUCCGUGAGUCUCUCGAGACACCUCCCUCACCUCCUGCCCUUACACUCGACAUUGAGCCUGUAUUACGUACAGUCAAGACUAUGAACUUUAUCGAAUGUAUACCACCGGAAAAGGAAAUGAAGUCUUCAGCGCCAGGCCCCCCUGAAAUGACCGUUGAAGCGUGCGCGGCGCGCGGUUGCUCUUGCACGUUAGCGUGGCGCCCGCCCGUCGCACCGCACGCCGUACGCGGAUAUAUAUUGGAACUGGACGAUGGCUUGGGAGGACUCUUUCGAGAAGUGUACUGUGGCCGUGAAACAGUGUGUACAAUAGAUGGUCUCCAUUAUGCGUCAUUAUAUAGUGCCAGAGUAAAAGCAUUUAACGGGGCUGGUGAAGGGCCGUAUAGCGAAGUUAUCGGACUACAAACGUCACCAGUGGCGUGGUUCUCAUGGGACGCUCGGUGCGCCAGUGGUGAAGGGGUGUCUGUCUGCGCCGAAGGCCUCAGCGCAAGGGCAGCUGGCUGGCAGCCCCGAGUCGUGUUGGCCGAUCAGCCGUUAGCUCGCGGCGUGCAUUACUGGCGCCUGCGCAUUGACCACUACGAUGGGGACGCUGACCCCGCCUUCGGGAUCGCGAGAGCUGAUGUUGCUAAAGAUAAAAUGCUGGGAAGCGACGCUCUGGGCUGGGCUAUGUACAUUGACGGUUCUCGGUCUUGGUUCGUGCACGGCGGGGCUCACGGCGGCCGAGCGCCUGGGGGCAUCACCCCUGGAUCCACUGUGGGCAUUUUACUAGACCUCACGAGGGGCACCUUACGAUUCACUGUCGAUGACCAGCCACAGGGUGACAUAGCAUUUACAGGCCUUCGUGGUGCGUUUUACCCAGCUGUGUCACUAAAUCGUGGCGUAGCUGUCACAUUACAACCAGGUCUGCCACCACCGCCUGAUCUACUUAUCUCCACUCUUGCCAUAGAAUAGAUUAAUACAUAAUUUAAUUUAGCUGUACAAAUGACUGAGAAUAUGUAGGAUUAUUAAAAAAUAAAGCAAAAUAUUGGUAUAAACAACCACUAAGUAAUCGCCGUUUGUGCUUAGAUAGUUUUGGUUGUUGUUUUUAUAUUGCGAAGUAUGCUUCCUUAUGUCGAGUACGUUUUACAUAUGGGAAUCGUAAGUAUGAUAAGUAUUACCAUAUGUAAAACGCUAUACCUGAAUCUUAACCUAAGCGGGAACUAACGCUCUCAGCUGUCAAAACUCUAUGACACAUGGGUGUCUCUGAAUUUUAGUCUUAAAGUUGUGAGUGAAAUCGUUGGUAAAUACUAAUCGAAAAUCGAUUGUCAGUUGUUACAAUUUCCUAUAUCGUUGACCAAGUGGUUAAAAUAGCUCCAGAGACUUUAUAAACAAUCAUACUAAAGCUUUGGUUUAUGUGCGACUACCUAAUUGCUUUACUUUAUAAUAAAUCUACCCAAAUUUUGAAUUGGUUAAGAUAUGACAAUUUGAAGUUAUAGUUCUAAAAAAAAUUCAACGAAUAACUGCUUGGAUAUAAAUGUGUUUAACUACGCAUAUUUAUUAACAGCCAUUGAAUAUCUUAAAUGUAAUGAAUAUUUUUUUCACAUUUUAAAUAUUGCCAAAUAACUGGAACUUUCCUGAAAUCCCUUGAUGCAGAAGGAGGAAGUUAACAAGUCGAGGUGUGAUUUUUUUAACUUCGGCUCAUGAAAAGUAUAAAUCUUUAAACAAAUAAUAUCAGUACUUAAUAUUUACUAAGAACUUUGUAUUUUAUUAUAUUGUUAUCAUAGAGACUUCCGUCUAUAGUUAAAUAUAUCAUGUAGUCUUAGAAAACAUAUCGUAAUAGGUAACUCUAUAAAAAUAAAUUUUUUUCGCCAUAGAGCAAUUCCAGACAAUAAGCUAAUCGAAUUUAUUGUAUCCAUCUUAAUGUCUGAUGAAAAUAUUUUUAAUUUAUUAUUUUAUUAUUCUGCUAAUAAGAAUUUUACAGGGACCUGAUAUGAAACAAAAUAUUCCGAAACCCACCUGCGAUGAUAAAAACUUUUGUAUACAAAACUAAUAAUGGCCUUUAUAUGAAGUAUAAGUAACAAAAAAAACUGUUUUGACUAUCACUAAACAGUUUCUGUGUUAUGCUUGGGUGGUUUGUGUGUUUUUUCUACUGCCAUUUAUUUUAAAUUUUAGUAUAAUUAUUAUUAUUUAUUAAUAUAUAAGACGUUUAUAUAAUAAACUAUAUUUCUAAAAAGACUAAUAAAUAUUGUUCAUUUAAAAUCAGGGAGUUCAAAAUUCUAGUCAUCUGUGAAAUUUUUCUUAAGAACAAGAACUUGGUUUAUUAUUGUCCUUUAAAUCAUUCAUUUUUGAUAAGCCUACGUUCGGUUAUAAUUAAUAUAUGAAGGUGUUCGUAAUUACAAAGUAGCGAAGCAAAACACAAAAAUCGCUAUAUUUUCCUUAAAAAUAUACCCGGCCUUGUUUAUGUAAUAGUAGAGAUUUUUUUAAACAAUUAAAUAUAAUAAUUAAGUAUCGUGUACCCAAUUUUUGAAUAAAUAUUGAGCGUUUAUCUUUACUUUUACUGUGUUACAAAUGACUGAGAAAAUGCUAUGUAACAAUGAGUGCUAAUAAGGUGCAAGAAAGUCUGCCAUUUUCGCCGGUAAAUACCGUAGAAAUCUAAUUUUUCUAUAGCACCAAAAUUUAUUUACAAUUGAUGAAAACUGACACUAUUUCAACGACUCGGUAGGCAUACGUUUUCACUUCGAUGCUUUAAUAAAUCUGUUUUCAGUCCUGUACCAAGUUAGAAUAUUAUAAAUACACUUAACAUUUAAUCAUAAGUUUUAUUAUGCAAUGAUUUACUAUUUUUGUUUACAUCAAUGUGAAAUACCCAUAUGUAAAAGUAAUGUACUUAACGAAAAUAAAGGCUAUCUUUGUUACUUAGAACAGGCACAUUUUAAAAUGUAUUAAAAAUACGAAAGACUUAUAUUUAUACUAUUUUGAUUUAAAAGAUGAUUUUUUAUUUAGAAUCUUAUUUUAGUAAAGUUUGUCAAUCAUAAUAAGAAUGCCUAAUUAUUGUAUAAAUUGCUAUGUAUAAUUGUAUUACUAUAUAACAGAAAAUUCUGCAGUCGUGGUUGAAAUCUAUAAUUUCACAUCAAAAGGCAUAUUUAUAUUGGCGCAUAUAAGGACUAAUUGUAGAAACUAAAUCUAGCAUUUUUUAAAUUAAUAAAUAAUAUUCAUUUUG